AUGAGUGGUGAGGAGGGUUGUGUACUGAUAGAAAAAACUCAGAAGCCCAAGAAGCCUUCAGUCUCAUUUGCCUUUCCUUGGUCCUUUAUUUCUCUUCUCAGAGGAGGCCAGCAUGUUCUGAGGCAACACGUAGAGAGUAAAAGCCAGGUAAAAGCAAUGCAUAUGCUUCAAGAGCUUCCUUCGGACUUGUGUUCCCGUCACCCGAUGCUCAUUGAAGCAGUCCUCAGCCUCCUCAUGAGGACUAGGGACAGCGGGGACUGCACCAUGAACUCCGGAUCGUGCCUGAGUGCCAGCACAGUGGCCUUUCCCACCAUCACUGGCAGCAGCAUGGCCGUGAGUGCCUACAGCAGCAGCAACGCCAGUGCCUUUCCUGCCAGCUCCAUGGAUACUCAGCUGUGCUUCCCAAAGAAGCAGGACAAAGUGAAGAAGAGGGUCAUCUGGGACAUUGAGGUGACUGAAGAGCUACAGUGGAAAGGCUGGGUGUUGGGGAAGGAGAUCACCAAAACCCUGGUUCUGAAAAAUCUCUCCUUGAAAAUCCAGAAGAUAAAAUACAGGCCCCCCAAGACCAAGUUCUUCUUCACGGUUGUCCCCCAGCCCAUCUUCCUGAGCCCAGGCCUAGCCCUCUCACUCCCCGUCAUCUUCCGCCCCCUGGAGAAGAAGGAGUACGUGGACCAGCUGUGGCUUGAGAAAGCAGAGGGGAUGUUCUGUGUGGACUUGAGAGCCACCCUGCCCUGCCACAAUCUGAUCUGCCCACCAUCCCUGCAGUUGCCCAUGUGCGCCAUGGGGGACAUGGCCGAGGCCUGGUUCUGCCUGGAAAAUGCGGGGGACCUGUCUACGUUCUUCACCUGGGAGUCCCCCAGCCCAUUCCAGAUGCUGCCGACCACAGGGCUGCUGGAACCAGGCCAGGCCUGCCGGAUCAAGGUGACCUUCCAGCCCCUAAUGGCUGUCAUCUAUGACGCUCAGGCCACGUGCUGGUAUGGGGACGGCAGCAAGCAGAAGAGCAGCAUCCAGCUGCAGGCUGUGGCCAAAUGCGCCCAGCUGCUGGUGAGCAUAAAGCAGAGGCACCCGGAGGACCAGGAUGCCGAGGGCUUCCAGAAAGUGCUGCACUUUGGUUCCGUUGCCGUGGGCUGCACCGCCGAGAGGCAGAUCAAGCUGUAUAACCCAUCGGCAGUACGUGUCCUGUGCACGCAGGGGGGGCGUGGGGCGGGGCUCGGGGCCACAGGCCUGGGUCCUGACCUGUCACUGCAGCAUCACUGUGUCGACUUCAGCUGGGUCAACCUCGGGACCCGCUCAGAGCAGUCCCUGUGGAUGGAGAACAAGUCGGACUGCACCGCCUACUUCCACUUUGACAUCGACUGUCAGGAGAGUGUCUUCAGCAUCAGACCUGCCUUUGGGACCCUGGUGGGCAAGGCCCGCAUGACCCUGUGCUGUGUCUUCCAGCCCACUCAACCCAUCAUCUACUGCCGGCGGGUGGCCUGUCUCAUCCACCACCAGGACCCACUGUUCCUGGACCUGAUUGGGACAUGCCACUCGGAGAGCACCAAGCCAGCCAUCCUCCGGCCUCAGCAUCUCACAUGGUACCGCACAAACCUGGCACGGGGCCUGACGUUCUAUCCUCCCGACAUCCUGGGUGUCAUGCUGAGGGAGAGGAAGCUGGAGCAGGAUAAGAACGGUGCCCUGAUGAUCCCCAUUGAGGACCUGGAGGACAUACCGGCCCCGCAGUAUCCCCUCAUCCCCCCAAUGACUGAGUACUUCUUCGACGGUACCAAUGACGUGGCCAUCUUUCCCCCGCCCGUCAGCAUUGAGCCUGUUGAGGUGGAUUUCGGUGCCUGCCCCAGGCCCAAGGACCCCAGUCCCGUCCCCCUGUGCCUGAUGAACCAUACCAAUGGCAAGAUCACUGUGGCCUGGACGCGCAGGGCUGACUGCCCCUUCUGGGUGACCCCAAACACCUGCGAUGUGCCCCCUCUCAAGUCCACAGCCCUGCGCCUACACUUCCAGCCGCCUCACCCCAAUGGCCUAUAUGCCGUGGAGCUUGAAGCCUUCGCCGCCUAUAAGGUCCUGCGAAGCUACAACAACAUUGAGGAGGACUGCACGGUGUGCCCGUCCUGGUGCUUGACGCUCCGGGCGCAAGGCCACAGCUAUUGCCCUGGCUUGGAGCACCACAUCCCCCAAUACACCCUGGACGCCCCCAAGCUCUUUCCUGCAGUGUCCCCCAGCGAACCCUCCUACCGCAGCCUGCUCCUCGUCAACAAAGGCUCCAUGCUGCUCACCUACAGCCUGGCCCCCAAAAGCAGCUUGGACAUCUCCCUGCGGCCCAGCUCGGGUCUCGUGGGCCCUGGGGCCCACAAGAUCCUCCUCACCUAUACCUACCCUAAGGGCAGCUCCUGGAAGCAGCACGUUUUCUACCUGCAGUUCAAUUCCUGCCCCCAGUACCUCAAGGAAGUGACCAUGCAGAGCCGUGAGGAGCCGCUGCAGCUGAAGCUGGACACCCAUAAAAGCGUCUUUUUCAAGCCCACCUGGGUGGGUUGCUCCUCCACCAGCCUCUUCACCUUCCGAAACCCCUCCCGUCUGCCCCUGGAAUUUGAGUGGAGGGUCUCUCAGCAGCACCGAAAGAUGCUGGCUGUCCAGCCCGCCAGAGGGAUUAUCCAGCCCAACGAGAGCCUUACGCUGACCUGGACCUUCAGCCCUCUGGAGGAGACCAAGUACCUGUUCCGAGUGGGGAUGUGGGUCUGGGAAGCCGGCCUGCCCCCAAACACCAAGCCCUCCACCACCACCCACUACGUGCUCCGGCUGGUGGGCACGGGCAUCACCAGCAGCCUGUCCGUGAGUGGGUGCUGCCUGGCGGAGGCAAGGCUGGGCCUCUCUGGGCUGCGCUGGGGCCCUCCUCUUCUUCGACCCCACCCGGCUGCCUCUGACCCCACCCGGCCGCCCCGAGCAGCUCUGCAGCUGGACCGCACAGAGGGGAGCAUGCCGCCCCGGUCCCAGGACACCAUCUGCCUGACUGCCUGUCCCAAACACCGGUCCCAGUACUCCUGGACCAUCAGUUAUGCUCUCGUCUCCCACAGAGAUAACAAGGCUGGGGAGAAGCAGGAGCUGUGUCACGUGUCCCUGACGGCCGUGUACCCCCUCCUCUCCAUCCUGGAUAUCUGCUCCAUGGGCAGCGCCGAGGGCAUCACCCGGAAACACCUGUGGCACCUCUUCUCCCUGGACCUGCUCAACAGUUACUUGGAGCGUGAUCCCACCCCCUGGGAACUCACCUACAAGGUGCCCACCCGGCACAGCACCAGCCGGAUCCCCCCUGUCUUCACCGCUCUGAAGCUCAAUUUCAAUUUUGGGGCAGCACCGAUAGAUGCCCCGCCCUCCGUGGUGCUCCUGGCACUGAAGAACAGCGGCAUGGUGCCCCUGGACUGGGCCUUCCUCUUCCCGAGGGACCAGCAGAUCGACCUGGAGCUCUGGGCAGAGCAGGCCGAGUUUGAUUGCACGGAGCUGCACCAGAUGCGCGUGCAAGACAAUUGCAUCUUCUCCAUCAGCCCCAAGACUGGGAGCCUGAGUCCCGGGCAAGAGCAGAUGGUAGAGCUCAAAUACAGCCAUCUAUUCAUCGGCACUGAUCGCCUCCCGGUGCUCUUCAAGGUGUCCCAUGGCCGGGAGAUCCUGCUCAAUUUCAUAGGUGUGACGGUGAAGCUGGAGCAGAAGUAUGUGCACUUCACCUCCACCAGCCAUCAGUUCAUCCCUGUCCCCAUCGGCGACACAUUGCCCCCGAGGCAGAUUUAUGAGUUGUAUAAUGGUGGCUCGGUGCCUGUAACAUAUGAGAUCCAGACCAACAUCCUGUCACAGGUUCAGGAAAAAAACUUUGAUCACCCCAUCUUCUACUGCCUCAACCCCAAAGGGGAGAUCCAGCCAGGGACAACUGCCCAGGUCUUCUGGAUCUUCUCGCCUAUUGAGGCCAAGACCUACACAGUCGAUGUGCCCAUACACAUCCUGGGAUGGAACUCGGCCGUCAUCCGCUUCCAGGGAGUGGGCUACGACCCCCACGUCCUGGGGGACGCGGCCCCGUCCCACAGCCUCUCCUUGUGGGACAACAGCGCCAUCCACUCAAGGCUGAUGGUUCCUGGGCAGAAUGUCCUCCUAUCCCAGUCACAUAUCUCCCUGGGAAACAUUCCCGUGCAGAGCAAGUGCAGCCGCCUGCUAUUCCUCAACAACAUCUCCAAGAACGAGACAGUUAUCUUUGCCUGGCAGCUGAAGCCUCUAGACUUUGGGGAGGUGUCUGUGAGUCCUAUGAAAGGAAAGGUGGCUCCCGAAGAGACAAUCCCAUUCAUAGUGACCCUGAAGGCCUCAGUGCAUGCCAGCUUCUAUAGCAUGGACCUGAUAUGCAAGGUGUACCAACAGGAACACCUGAGGCAGUACCGUAAGGAACUGCAGGAGUGGAAGGAUGAGAAACUGCGGCAGGAAGUGGAGUUCACCAUCACAGAUAGGAAAGUGAAGAAAAGGGCAUAUUGUACAGCUUGUGAGCCUGCGAGAAAGUACAAGACACUGCCCCCCAUCAAGAACCAGCAGGAUCUCAACCAGCCGACCAGCUGGAACCUCAAGAUGGUGAAGGAGGAGACGUGCUGGCCAUGCCCCCAGCCGCCGUCACCAGGCAUGCUCUGCCUAGGCCUCACUGCCCAUGCCCAUGCCACCGAUGACUUCCUGGCCAGCUACUUCUCUGACUUUCCCCGCCACUUCUUGCCCUGGGAGCUGCCAAAGAGGAUGUGCCCCAAGGUGGAGUCAGAGGCUGGUAAGGAAGAAUCCCCUGACAAGUGGGCCUGUGUCUCCAAGCAGGAGAAACAGCUUCUGAUUGACUGCCUCUCUGCCAUCAUCAGGGGCCUGCUGGAAGACAAGCUCUUCCAUGAGGCUGUGGGCCAAAACCUGGUGGAACAAAUGCCUUACUUCUGCCAGUUCUGGAAUGAGCAGUCGGCCAGGUUCAUGGCCCACAACAGCAGCCUGCACGUGGUACCAGCCCUGUCUCAAUCCUCCAAGAGCUCGGAGUUCAGCAAAGACGAGGAGGAGGAGGAGGAGGAGGACAAACGGAGGCUGGGGAGUAAGGAGGGGGAAGAAGAGGAGGAGAAGGAGGAAGAAGAAGAGGAGGAGCUGGAGGAGGAAGAGCAGGAGGAGGAGGAGACGGAAGAGGAGGAGGAGACGGGCGAGGAGGAGCUACGGGAGCAGGAGGGGGAAGACAAGGGGGAGAAGCUGCCCUGGACAGAGAUGAAGCCCUUGCUGCAGCCCACAUCCCAGGAGUCCCUGAAAUGGCAGUGGCAGCAGCAGAUGAAGGCCUUACUGAAGGAGAGGCAAGAGCAGGAUGAGAAGGAGGCCAUCAGCCGGCUCCCGGCUUUCGCUAUCCUGCAGGAGGCGCUGCUGGAGAACAUGAUCCAGAACAUCCUGGUGGAGGCGAGCCGCGGGGAGGUGGUGCUCACCUCCAGACCACGCAUAAUCGCCCUGCCGCCGCUCAGCGUUCCCAGGAUUCUGAGUCCCGAGUCGCUGCCGGCAGCGGCCCCGGGGCCGCAGCAAGCGGAGAUGCCCGGCUCGUUUGAACCGCCCCCCGCCGACUGUUUGCAGACGCAAGGGCCCACCCCCUCCGACUUGCAUCUGUAGAUUCCUCCCGGCCUUUUCUCCAUCACCCCCCAGUAAAGCAUCUAGCUCCCCUCCCCACA